GACAAUAGCAACACGCGAUUUGUAAUUGUUAGACUGCAUUUGCAAAUUCGUGUACGUCUUCAUUAUCGUUAAACCAAAUAUAAUUGAACAUGCAUCCCGAUCUUACCGAGCGCAUCCUACAGCAUUUGGAGUCCGUCGACAAAGUUGAUACAGUAGAACUUGCCACGCAAUUCAGUGUUGACCACCAGAAAGUUGUCGGUGCUUUAAAGAGCAUUCAGGCACAUGGCGAUUUGGUUAACGCAGAGACAGCCACGCAGAAGAGUCUGGGACUUACCGACGAGGGCCGAUCCGUGGUCGAGAAUGGCAGCCACGAAGCUAUCGUCUAUGGUUUGGUACCGGCGGAGGGCAUUCCUCAAGCAGCGCUGAUGGCAGCCGGCGGAGCCAAUGCCAAAGUGGGCUUUAGCAAGGCUAUGUCGCAAGGCUGGAUACUGUUGGACAAGAGUGUGAAUCCGCCGCUGAUUCGGCGCAAGGUCGACCACAUUGUCGACAAUGUAAAAGAGCAGCUGUUGCUGGUGGACAGUGGCAGGGCGCAACUAUCUGCCAAGGACGUGACUGAUUACAAGAAACGCAAGCUAUUGCAGGAGACAACCACAAAGAGCUUUGUACUGAGCAAGGGGCCAGAGUUCUCCACAACGCUCACUAAACUGGAAACGGACCUGACAAUGGAUAUGCUGACUAGCGGCUUGUGGCAGCAGCUGAAAUUCAAGGCAUACAACUUUGAUGCACUGGGCGCGACACCGACGCGGGGUCAUUUGCAUCCGCUGCUCAAGGUGCGCACUGAGUUCCGCCAGAUCUUCCUUGAGAUGGGCUUCUCAGAAAUGCCUACCAACAACUACGUGGAAUCAUCGUUCUGGAACUUCGAUGCACUAUUUCAGCCACAACAGCAUCCAGCACGUGAUGCGCACGAUACAUUCUUCAUCAACCAUCCGGCGCAGAGCCACAAGUUUCCCCAGGAGUACUUGCAGCGGGUGAAGACCGUACACUCAAAAGGUGGCUACGGCUCGUUGGGUUACGGCUAUGAUUGGAAGCUCUCCGAAGCGCAAAAGAAUCUGCUGCGCACCCACACAACUGCUGUGAGCGCACGCAUGCUAUUCAAACUGGCGAACCAGGAGGGUGGUUUCAAGCCAGCAAAGUACUUUAGCAUAGACAAGGUGUUCCGCAACGAGACGCUGGAUGCGACCCAUUUGGCCGAAUUCCAUCAAGUUGAGGGGGUUAUUGCUGAUGUUGGCUUAACACUCGGUGAUCUGAUUGGAACACUAUAUGAGUUCUUCCGAAAAUUGGGUAUUACUCAGCUGGAGUUCAAGCCGGCAUACAAUCCGUACACGGAGCCCAGCAUGGAGAUUUUCUGCUAUCAUCCUGGCCUGGCCAAGUGGAUUGAAGUGGGCAACUCUGGCGUCUUCCGGCCGGAAAUGCUGCUGCCAAUGGGAUUGCCUGAAAAUGUGAAUGUUAUCGCAUGGGGUUUGUCGCUGGAACGACCUACGAUGAUUAAGUAUGGCAUCAACAAUAUUCGGGAUCUGGUUGGACCCAAGGUUGACCUCAAAAUGGUUGAAGAAGGGCCCAUUUGCCGAUUGGAUCACGUGUAGUGUUGCAUUUGCUAUUUAAAUCAUAAUUUUUAAAAUUCAUAUUUGAACAGUAACAAGUUCGCGCGUUUGUAAACAAUAAACCAACACUGUUUUGCAACACCGAUA